AACUUGCCUGACUUUGUGCAGCCUACGGAUGCUCAAAUUGCCGCUGUGACAAACAGAGACAACAUGGGAUCACCUUUCACAACUGUUGCAAAGAAAACCUAUACUUGUACAUUAUCAAGUCUGUUGUUUUUAUGUAAAUAAAAUAAUUUGAAACUGCUGUUCCAUUGCUGCUACUACCGUCUUCUAUACAUUGUUUAUCUGGUAUUAUGAAUGUUUGAAAAUCUCCUUCACAAGAUCAAUCCAUUAUCCAUCUAUCAUACUAACCUAAUCUAUCUUUUGAUUAUUUCCUAACUUUCUCAGAAAGCAUUUCCAGAGAGCUUAUAAUUAAUAAAUGAAAGUCCAUAAAUAAGAAAAGAAAAGUUAAGAAACAGUGAAAAUACAAAAUCAUUUGCUGGGUUAAAUUUUAUUGAUGGUGGGCCGGUUCUGGCUGAUGGAUGGGAUUUGGGUAUUGUUUGUCUUAUUUGUUGGGGUGCACAUUUUGUAUCUGUGUUCUGUUAAUGUGGGCUUUACCUCAAAAGAACCUUGAAAUCUCAUCUCUACACAAAUCUUAUUUCACAAACCAGGAAUAUAUAGAUAUAGAUAGAUCUAUAUAAUAUAAUAAUAGGCUAUGUAUACUUAAAGUUACUGUAGCUUACAAUUGUGUUAUCUUUGAAAGAUUAAAUGCUUUGUGGAGUGAAAUAACAAGAAUUUCUGGGCCAAACUCAUCCUAUUUCAUAGAGACAUCUCUGGCGUUUAUAACAAAUCAAACCAUUAGAAAAUCGGUUGAAAAUUGAGCAAGUUAGAAUUAUUUAAAUAGUACAUGCACCAUACACCCCACUGCCAAGAAAGGGGCAGCUGUCUGAGGUAAGAUGGCCGCCACGUUCCUACGUCGCAUCCCCAUCUAGUGUUUAUAUAUACUUGUCUAUGGUGGAAGCUGGCAUAUUUGCAACAUCUUUAACUUGUUUUCCCAGUAAAAACUAGUUUUGUUGAAGUUCUCAGAGUUGCAACAUCAUGGUGGCCACCGUCGGUUCACAUUUACCGAGAAAUAACAACGUUAACUAUAAACUACAUUUUCGAAUGAUAAAUGAGCAACAAGUGGAAGAUAUCUGUCUUGAUUUCUUCUACAAGCCGCACACGAUCACCCUUCUGAUAGCUACUGUACUCAGUCUGAUGUACUUUAUGUUCACCAGGGAUGAUGUGAACUCGGAUAAUAAUCUUCAUGUUGGUCUUUUGGUGGUCAUCUCCUUCUUUUUGGUCAUCAGUGUCCUGGCUUUCCCUAAUGGACCGUUCACAAGGCCACAUCCUGCAUUAUGGCGAAUGGUGUUUGGUCUCAGUGUGCUCUACUUCCUUUUCCUUGUCUUCCUCAUUUUCCUGAACUGGGACCAAGUGAAGACUGUCAUGUUCUGGCUGGACCCAGAUCUCCGUUAUGCCAAACAGGAGUCGGAUGUCAUGGAAUAUGCCGUGAACUGUACCGUGAUAACAUGGGAUCGCAUCCUGAGCCACUUUGACAUCUUUGCCUUUGGCCACUUUGGAGGAUGGGCCAUGAAGGCUCUGCUGAUCCGCAGCUACGGGCUGUGCUGGACCAUCAGCAUCACAUGGGAGCUCACUGAGCUGUUCUUCAUUCACCUUCUACCAAGCUUUGCAGAGUGUUGGUGGGAUCAGGUGAUCCUGGAUAUCCUGCUGUGUAACGGAGGAGGGAUCUGGCUGGGAAUGACAGUUUGUCGUUUUCUGGAGAUGAGGACGUAUCGCUGGGCCCGCAUCAAAGAAAUCCACUCCACUACCGGCAAAAUAAAGCGAGCCGUGCUCCAGUUCACCCCGGCCAGCUGGACUUACGUGCGCUGGUUUGAUCCCAAGUCCUCCUUCCAGAGGGUGGCAGGAAUCUACCUCUUCAUGAUCCUUUGGCAGCUGACGGAGUUGAACACGUUCUUCCUGCACAUCUUCAUCUUCCAGGCCUCUCAUCCUCUCAGCUGGUGUCGUAUCCUUCUCGUCGGAAUCAUCACUGCACCCACGGUUAGACAGUAUUAUGCGUACCUGACAGACGCUCGGUGUAAACGAGUUGGCACACAGUGUUGGGUGUUCGGAGCCAUCGCUUUCCUGGAGGCUUUCACGUGUGUGAAGUUUGGUCUGGAUUUAUUUUCUAAGACUCAAACUCGCUUCAUUCUCUUGUGGCUGCUCUGUCUGGCACUCAUCACACUCCUGUGUUUAUAUGGUAUGGUUUGGUUUGAACAACACAAAAUAAAGAGUACCACUUUGCAGAGGGAUGACCAUGACGCCACUGACUCAUCAGCUUUAGUCCCAGCUCAAACGGAUUCACUGGGAAGUUUGCAGCCCACAAAAUGGAGGAAGGUUCCUUCCAAGAGCAGAUUUGUCAUCAAGCAUGGAGAAAAGAGACAAUGAGCAACGCUAAUAAUAAAUAUUCAUUCAUUCUGAGAAGAAGAAUGGAUGUAACAUGAAACAGCAGGGAUAUUAUUGUACUGAAUGCAUAUUUAAAGUUGCAUCAGUGAUUUUAAAAAUCCAGAAUGCUAAUAAAACAUUUGUCUGGUUGA